AUGACGCAAGACGCUUUGGUUGAUGAAAAUGAUAGUAUUAAGAAAAAGUUAUCACCACCUGCAGUACUUUUUCGUACGCUAUCAACAUUAGAACCAGAGGAUUUUCAUUAUCUUAUUCAACAACAAUAUGGAGCUUGUUGGGGAAUAUUUAAAUUUGAAGAUUAUCUUAGUAGCUAUUCUAGUGAGGGUCGACCAUUUCUUUACAUCGAUGAUAAUAUUGAUUUACAUGUUCUACAUCAUUUCAUGAUUAAUGAAUGGAAAUUACAAAAAGCAAACAUAGUCGUACCUAUUCUUAGUUCUAUCACACGUCAUAAACCAUUCAAAAAUCUUAAAAUAGUUGAACCAUUAAAAAAAGGCAUUAGAAAUGUAAGUAAAUUAGAUAUAUAUA